GCAUAUGUGUUAAUUAAUUAAUUCUUAAGUUUUGUUAUUAUUUAAGCUUAAUUAAUUGCUGCAAAUUUAAUUAAACAAUAGAAUAUAUAAUUAUAAUAUUACUAAAGUAUAUAAAAUAUGCAGGAGAUUAACAAAUAGAAUUUUAUAUUUCAAAGGAUAAACAGAAAUCAAGCUGUCUUUUUCCCUGACAUCCUGUACACAACAUAAUAAAAAGAAAGUAUUUCAAGGAAAACCCCUAAAAAAACAAGAUGCUAAAGCGAGCUUAAUUUUAUAAAUUUAAAGUAUUAAUAAAGCGCUUAUGGAAAAGAUUUUAGGCAAAGCGAUAAAAUAGAAGAUAAUUUUUUUACAACAAGAUGCAAAGAUUAACAAAAAGCAUUAAAAUUUCAAAGAACAUUAAACCUUUUUGAAAAGAAAUAGCAAGUAGAAUUAACUAAUAAUGUUUUGAUUUAAAAGAUGCGAAGACCAGAUGACUAAACUUCUUUUUUUUCAAAAAGCCAAUCUUUAAUCCUUAAAAUAGCAAAUCUAAAUCAAAAUUUAGAAAAUUUACAACUUAAAGAAUGUACUUUUGAUGAUAAUAAUAUGAUAAAAUAUAAUUGUUAAACACCUCAGUAAAAAUAGUAAUAGAAUUUCUUGCAGGAGUAUAAGGAAAGAGCUUAAAGCUUAAGAACUCCUAGAUCUAAGAAUAUUGAAAUUAUUGAUGAUUAAAAAGAAAGUUAAAAAUAACUGAGAAUUAGAGGUGUUUAAUCACUUCACUAAAGUGAUGAAAAAAAAAGUGAAAAUUUAUAAAAUGAAAAUUUCUCAAACAAAUUUUAUGAAACUUUAAAAAUUUUAAGAUAAGAAAAGCAAGAAACAAGCAAUUUAAAAUUAAAUAAAAAUAGAAGGUCAUUAUCAAACCAUUUUAACUAGGGAAUACCCAAUAAUCUAUCUCUUCAAAGUUAAAAUAAGAUAAACAAGAUAAAAUAGUUUACGAUAAGAGCAAUCAAUGACAAAAAUGAGCAUAUAACUUAUGAUUCUAACUAAUUUUUUGGGUAUAAAGUCAAUCAAUCACCUAUUAAUUCAAGUUGCUAGCCCAAUCAAAUUCAGAAAUCUUAAUAGGAAACUUAAGUAUUUUAAUUCAAAGUUAGUAAAUAUCUAUAAAAUUUAAAGUUGUAACAGUUAAAGCAAUCUAAGUAGUUUUGCAAUAUAAAUUAUGCUAGUUUUUAUCCACUAAAAAUCAACGAAAAUUAAGAAAAAAUAUCUAAGAGUAUAAGAUAGUACAUGAAAUAAGAUUAAUAAAUAAGAAAGUUGGAAUAAAAAUAUAAGCUAGUCCUAAACUAAUAAAAAGAGAAUAGCAACAAUAAUAUUUCAUAGAUGAUAAAAGAUGACUCACGAAUAAUAAAAAGUGGCACUUCUCCAUAACGGAAGUAAUAAUAAACAUUAGCUUAAAGCUUAGAAAAAAAAAUGAUUGAUUAAAUCCCUUUACUGCCAUUUAGUUAGGCUACUAAUAGUGUUUCUAUAUAAAAUAAUAUUGAUUAAGAAUAUAACGAUGAUUUAGAUUUGUAAUAAUAUGUAAAAAACAAUAUAAAAAUAUCAUCUUGA